AUGUAUUUCUUUUUAAUAGAAUAUAAUGAAUUUACUGGUGAAUGUUAUUGUUUAUCAACAUUUAAUAAUCAAUAUCGUUUAAUAACACCGAAUCAUAAAUGUACAGAAAUAAUAUUCAAUAAUGAUAAUUUAAGAGAAAAUUCUACUACAAUAUAUCGAACUGGUUUUAUUGAGUUUGGAAAUCAUCUUGAAAAACAUCGUCAACCACAAAAUAGUAAUCAAACAACUAUUGUUUUCUUUCUAACAGUUGGUGGUCGAAAAAAUCUUCGACAAAUCAAACGAUUAUUACGAGCUAUUUAUGUACGACAGCAUUAUUAUUUAAUACAUGUUGAUAGUGUAUGUAUUUAUAGAAAAAAAAAAUUUGUUUCUUUUUUUUUAUCAUAUAAAAAUACAAUUAAUUUUGUGUUAGCACAGCGUGAAGAUUAUUUAUAUCAAGAAUUAUUAUUAUUAUCAAAAAGAAUUUCAAAUAUUCAUUUAACGAAUAAACGUUAUCCAACAACAUGGGGUGCAUCAACAUUAUUAACUGCACAUUUAGAAGCAUUUAAACAAAUCUUUGAUGAAUUAAAAUGGAAUUUUUCUUUUGUACUUAAUUUAAGUGAAACUGAUUUUCCAUUAAAACCUAUACAAGUUUUGACAACUUUUCUAUCAAUGUAUACAUCAUAUAAUUUUCUUCGUUCACAUAGUCGAGAACCAUAUAAAUUUAUUAAAUCUCAAGGACUUUUUCAUACAUUUAUUCAUUGUAAUGAUUAUAUGUAUCGAAUUGGACCAAGAUCGUUAAUUGAAAAUAUUAUUUAUGAUGGUGGAUCUGAUUGGUAUAUAUUAAAUCGUGAAUUUGUAUAUUAUAUAACAUACGGUGAUGAUGAACUUGUAAAUGGUCUUCGACAUACAUUCAAUUAUUCGUUAUUACCUUGCGAGAGUUUCUUUCAUACUCUAUUAAGUAAUAGUAUCUAUUGUGAUACAUAUAUUCGAAAUAAUUUACGUCUUGUACAUUGGAAUCGAGAACGUGGAUGUAAAUGUCAACAUAAAAAUGUUGUAGAUUGGUGUGGUUGUUCACCAAUUAUUUAUAGAAAUAUUGAUAAAACAACAUUGAAUUUAAAAUCCUAUAUGGAUGACGUUCAUUCUCGAACUGUAUUCGAUCUUGUUCAACAUUUUGAAGCUGAACAUGCUGAUAUAUCAUCAAAAGCAAUAAAACGUUAUCGAUCAAAUCUUGAACUUUACUCAAUGUUUCUUUAUGCACUUCGUGGUUAUGCUGAUCGUUAUCCACUUGACGUUAUUCAUUUAAAUGGUUUACAAAUAUUAAAAUAUUUAUAUGAAAAACGAAAAGAAAAUAUACCAUUUGUAAGAUUUCUUGGAAAAAUUCUUCUAUUACUUAGUCGAGAUCAACAAACACAUGAUGCAUUCUAUGCCGUUGGUUGGGUAAGAAUUCUUCAUGAUAUGGCAUUGGAUAAAAAUAAUAUUAUUUAUUCUUUAUUGGCUUCAACUAUUUUAGCAAAUCUUGAUCGUGCAAUACAUGACAAUACGUCAAUAAAUGAAGAAAAAAUGUCUCUUAAUAAAAACAUGAAAACGUUACAUUUACCAUCAGAAAUUAGUAAUCGUGAAUUAAUUGAAGCGGAACAAAAAGCAGAAGAAAAAAAAGAAACACUACAUGCAAAUCAAUCACUAUCAAAACAAAGUAAUAUUGUCAAUAAAAUUCUACGUCGUAUAUGGUAUACAAGACCAGUUUCUGAUGAAGAUGAUCUAGACGAUGAAAAUCAUAAUAAUAAAACUAUUGAUGAUCAUAUUGAAAAGAAAAUUGUUGUACCAGAUAUUGAUACAAGUCAUUCAAUACAUACAGAUAAUCAAAAAAUCUAUAAAAAUAAUAUAAAAAUAAAAGAACAAUCGAUAUCAACGUCUAUUCCAUCUUGGAUUAAUGAUCAAGUAUAUGGUGAUAAAGUUAUUCUAUUCAGUCCAACAAUGUAUAAUAUUCAACAAAUGGAUCCUAAUGUACGUUGGCAUCAAGAACCAAUUGUUGAUAUUAUUUUUCUUCAUGGUUUAGCUGGUUCAGCUUUUAAAACAUGGCGACAAGAAUCGGCACAUGCAGAAAUUGAACAACUACCAGAAAGUAAAAAAUUACCAAUAACAGAUGAAGUUUCUGAAGAAGAAAAUGAUGAAAUAUUAGACGUUGGUGAAGAAACAAAUUGGAAUAAAUCAAAAAUUGAUUUAUCUCCUCCUGUUCAAAUAUUUAAUGAAAAUCAACCAUCAUUAUGUUGGCCAAAAGAUUGGUUAAGUAAAGAUAUUUCAACAUCACAUAUACGUAUGUUAGCCAUUGAUUAUGAAUCAAUUGUUUCGGAAUGGCAACUUCGUUCCUUACCAAGAAAUAUUAUGCGACGAUCAAUGUAUGAUCGAGCUAAAGAAAUUGCUGAACAAUUAAAACAAGCUGGAGUUGGAAAACGACCAAUUAUAUGGAUUACACAUUCAAUGGGUGGUUUAUUAACAAAAUAUAUUUUAACAAAUGAAGAAAAUAAAGAUAUAACAUCAAAUACUCGUGCUUGUGUUUUCUUUUCAGUACCACAUUUUGGUGCUGAAUUAGCAUCGUUUGGUAUUCGUCAUGCAUUUAUUGUUCGACCAACAGUUGAAAUUGAAGAAUUACAACCGAAUAGUAAAAAUCUUCUUAAUUUACAUGAAAAAUUUCUUGAAAUACUUAAAACAUAUGAUAAUAUAAAAAUUUUAAGUUUUGCUGAAAAUGAAAAAACAACAUUUUCAUUACGUUAUCAAACUGUUGUUGUACCAUCUGAAAGUUCACAAAUAAAUAUUGGAAAAUUUUUUAUAUUAAAUAAAAAUCAUAUUUAUAUAUGUAAACCAAAUUCUAAAAAUACUCUUGAAUAUCAAGAAUUACUCGAUCUUAUACAAACAAUUUAUUAUCAACAUAAAAAUGAACUUAAAACGGAACAAAUUAAAAUAUUUGGAUCAUCAUCAAUUUAUUUUACUGAAUUAACAUUUUGGUUAUCAAAUAUUGGUUUUAAUUGGUUUCUAUAUAAAAGUAAACAUUUAUCAAAAUUUUCAAUUGAAAAACGUUUAACAUAUUCAUUAUUUCUUUCAACAAUUUUUAAUUUUGGUACAGUUAUGAUUGUUAAUAAUAUAAGUCAUUUUUUUGGUCGAAUUGAAUUAUUAAGACUUAUAUCUAGUUUAACAUUAUCGAGUUGUUUACUAUCGAUUGGUUAUUUUUAUCUCGACGAUAUUAAUAAGAAUAAUAAUAUUAAAUAA